CUGCGCAACAUGGCCGAUGGCACUUAUGAGGUUGACAAGGUAAUAGGAAGACGAAGAACACAAUCUGGAAAGGAAGAAUUUCUGGUUCACUGGAAAAAUUACGACUCUCUUUAUAGCACUUGGGAACCCAUUGAGAAUUUAAGUCCUUGCCUUCACACCGUAACAGAGUUUAUGGCCAAAGCAUUUCCAAUGCCAGGAAUAAAUGCUGCCUUUGUUACUCAUUUGGAGUCUAAACAUCCAGAGAUGCGACAGCUAAGAAAGGUCACUGAUAUUGAUAAGAGAAAGCUUAGAAGUCUUCAAAACAAGGAAAUGGUUGAUGAGAUUUUGAAAGUCAAAAAUAUGAGCCAAGAACUUAAAAAAUAUCAAAGAGGACGUGGAAGAGGAAGAAAAAGAUCACAGCUCAGUGAUCCAUGUGAAGUGUUCACCCAAGAAGCCAAAAAGCUUCGACCAGGGCCACACAAUGGACAGAUCAUUGAUCAAACUGUUUUCUCUGGACUUGCUUGCAAAAGUCCUAGAGGAGCUUCUCCUAAGAAAGGAGAAAAGAAGUCCCCAGGAAAGAGAGGAAAGAACGGUUUGACUUGCUCUCUCAUGGAUGGUCUUGAUGAUGAUGAAGUGUUAAGGUUGACCCGUACAACACGGACACAUGGUGUACUGGAUGAGUGCGUGUCUGUCCUUAAAGAAGGGAGAAUAUGGAAAAUAACUUUGUGCAGUGAAAGAAAGAAAAAUGCCCUAACAACAGAGAUGUGUGAUCAGCUUGCUGCCUUUCUUCAUGAAGCAUCAAAAGACGAUGUUGUCAGUGUUGUCAUACUGACAGGUGCAGGGAACAGUUUCUGUAGUGGUCUGGAUUACCAGCAUCUAAUAACAACACAUAAUCGACAGGAAGCAAAAAGAAUGGUUGAGAAAUUCAAACUAUUGGUAGAACUGUUGAUCAGUUUCCCAAAGGUUCUUGUAGCUGCUGUAAAUGGCAUUGCGUUAGGAUUUGGUACAGCACUCCUCAGUUUGUGCGACAUAGUGUAUGCCAGCAACAAGGCAACUUUGCAGACAUGUUUUGCCAAAUGGGGUCAUCCACCAAUUGGUUGCUCGUCUUCACUUUUAUCCUCCCUACUGGGAAAAACUGGGGGACUGUCAAUGCUGUUAUUGAAUCAAAAGAUGACUUCCACCCAAGCAUGGGAAAAGGGACUUGUGAUGGAAGUUUUUAAACCAGAUAAUUUCUUGGAACAGGUUGACAACAGAGUUAAAGUAAUGGCUGCUAUGUCAAAUAAGAUUCUACAGGACACAAAAUCUCUCAUCAAGCAUUCCUACCAAGAGACACUUAGUGAUGCCAACAAUGAAGAGUGUAAAUUAUUUCUAAAAUAUCUUGGAGAUGAUAAAGUGUUGGACACUUUGAAAACAAACUGGCUUCCAGAUGUUGUUAUUACUUGAUUUUAUUAUUAUCAUCAUUAAUAUUAUUAUUGUUUUGAGGAUGUAAGUUUAAGAUAAUGAGAUAAUGUUGCAUUUGCUGUAAACUUUAAGGCACUACAGUGUUCCACUCCCUAUGAAGAUGAAUGCUACCCUCUUUUUUAACUGCUUUUGUCAAACUUUUUAAUAUUAGUUUUUAUUAAAGUUUUUUAUUUCUA